AUGCGCGCCUGUCCCGCCGCCGACAGCCAAUCGGCGCGGCCGCCGCCGCCCGGCCCCGGCCAAUCGCGCGCCGUCUGCCCGCGCCUCACGCCCAACAACAGAGACAAAGGGGCCGGGCCCCGCCCCCGCCCGGAGUGGAGAAUCCAGAGCUCCCUGGAACCCGCCUGUGUCCGUGCUGAGAGGGUGGUUCCCCGCCUUCCAGCCCUGUGUGUCCGUGGGCCGACCUCUGUGCUACGGCGAGCCCACGAGGCCGAGGCGGGGCAGGAGCCCACCCUCACCAUCGCUGUCACCAAGGACACGCGGGUGCGGGCGCAGCCGGGGGGGCGCGGGCAGCCCCCCGUGGUGGCCGUCACCAACCGGCUGGGGGGGGAGGAGGUGACCCACGCCCUGGUGGCCGAGAGCGCGGCCGAGGCCCAGCGCUGGCUCGAGGCCUUCGAGCAGCACCUCUGCGACCUGGGCCAGUGGAAGCAGUGCUGUGAGGAGCUGAUGCGGAUCGAGGAGCCCCCCCCGCGCCGCCCCCCGGCCCCGCUGCCCCCCCAGGGCUCCCUCUACCACCAGACGGCUAUUGACCCCUCGGACGACAUCGCGGCCGUGACCGACAUCCUGGCGCGGCACCGGGGGGGUCCCCGCCCGCCGGGCCCCCCCCCGUGGCUGUCGCUGUUCGAGGGGCCCCCCCCGCGCAGCCCCAGCCCCCCCCGGCGGGGCCGCCCCCGCACCCUGUCCCUGGACGCCCGGCUCAGCACCCUCAAGGGCCGGGGGGGCCCCCCCAGGCCCCCCCACUCCAGCUCCUCCAGCAGCGGCAGCAGCAGCCCGGGACCCCCCCAGUGUGACCCCCCCAGGCCCCUCCAGUCCCGGGUCUGACCCCCAGCACCGGGGGGGCAGGGGAUGGACCCCCCCCAUCCCCUGCAGGGGCCGAUGCCACAGGGGGUCUGGGGGGGUCUGGGGGGGUCUGGGAGCUCCCGGCUCCUUUUCUGGGGAGAAACUGGAAUUUCUGCCCCCUCUGUGCUGGGGGAACAGAGCUAAACUCCAAAAAGUGGGGGGAAGGGGUGUUACCCCCCCCCCAGGGUGGGUGCUGGGGACCCCCCCACCGCGGGGUGGGUGCAGGGGUCCCCCCAGGGUGGGUGCUCAGGGUCUAACCCGGGGGGGGCACAAGGACCUCCCCCCCAGCUCUACUUUCCCUCACCUCUAACCUGGGGGGGGCAGCCCCCCCCGGCAGGACACUCCCUUAUUAAUAAUGUGCAUUAAUAAUUUGCAUUAAAAUUUAUUUAACA